CAUAUCCUUCUUCGAACCUUGAGAAGCGGUUCAAACGAGCAUAUUAUCAAAAAGGUGGAAAUACGUAUGGAAGUUGAAUCCCAACAUUGACUUUGCAUCACUUCUGCUACUAGGUACCUAAGUUGGAAAGGGCGAUUCUCUUUCCAGAUUUCAUAAAUAGGUUCCUUCUUACUUGUGAGGCUGAUAAAAUUGCCCCUGUCAAUGCGACCAUUGCGUAUUGGAUCGAAGCUGUAUGAGUGUGAAAUGUUCAGGUUUUUUCUUUCCAUCUUGCAAAAUACUCAACGACACCAUUGUACAACAAGUUGAGUAAUGAUUGUUUUCUUACAAUUCACUUGAGCGUUUAGUUUUAAGUGUGCAAGAUCAUGUCCUCCAACUUCCCCCUACUGUAUUUCUUUCAAGCCUCAAAACCUCAACGCUCUAAUUUGUUAAAUACUUGGAUGAACACUGAACCUUCUCCCUUGUGACUACCUAUAGUUUUUUGGCGGCUGCAUCCUCCAUAACCACUGAUCCUUGAAUAGCUAGCCACUCCUUCGACUCAAGGUGACAAAAUCUUCCAAACUAUACUCCUUGUUCAUAUUCAACCCGCGGAUCCCGACCAAGCCGACCUGACAACUAAUUGGGUGGGUGGUACGGUCAAGAUGGUUAGGUGGUCAGCAAUGGUUUCAUCAUAUCAUAACCCGAUUGAUUAUGUCAACUUGCCGAACGGGUUGAGAGUCAACUCGGCCAAACCCACCGGUGAGGCUAGUAUUGGUGAAUAACAAAAGAUGAAUAAUCUUGAAGAAGGAAAGCUUAGCAGCAGUAACAGAAGCUUGAGUGAUUUACAUGACGACAUUCUUCAGCACAUUCUCUCCUUUUCUAACCUAGAGAAGCAGCUCGAACGUGCAUAUUAUCAAAAAGGUGGAGAUACGUCAAUCCCACCAUUGACUUGCUCGGAUUCCCCUUCUACUGGGUUCGGGGCAUACAAGAGUUUUCGGUCUAUGUGGAUAGGGCGAUUUUUCUGCGACAUUUCGUUAAAAGCUUCCAUUAUAUAUGUCGUCCCUGUUAUAAGUAUAACACUUAUAACACAGAUAUUGGCCCUUUUAUUAUACGUUGGAUCAAAGGUGCAGUGCUUCGGAAUGUGCAGAAUUUUUCUAUCAACAUUGAUAAUAUGUUUCUCCAGCCUCAAAACCUUGAAGCUCAAGUAUGUUAAAUUCUCGGAUGAACACUCGACCAACCAAUUAUUUUCUAGCUGUCCAGUCCUUGAAGAUUUAUGUUUGUCACAGUGCUGGUUCUUGUCGAACGUCAGGACUGUCAAUAUUCGUGCACCAAAACUGUUGAGAUUGACUAUAGACGAAGAUUAUUAUGGAGGCUCCGAUCAUGGUUUCCGGUUCAUGGUUCAUGGAACUAAUCUCAAACACUAUACAUGCUUUGGUACAUGUAAAAAUGAGCAUUACUUGUACAAUCAGUCAUCACUUGAGGAGGCAGAUAUUGGGUAGUCUGAAUUGGAUGGUGAAGAUGAUACCUAUCGAUUUUGUAUGCUUCUUGGAUGUCUCUCUAAUGUAAAAAUUCUCAAGCUUGAGGUAUGCUUUAUGCUACAAUAUUUUGUCGAUCGAAGAUGCAUGUUUGAAAAGUUAUGUUUCUCAAUAUAAAUUUUGUAUUACUAAUA